AUGGGUGGUUCACCUCCUUGCGGGGACUCGGUAAGAGCAGUUAAAGAUUACAGGCGACAAGCCAUCACCGCCCCAAAGUGGCCUUCGCAAGUCGAAGCAGACCAUCAAAUCUCUUUCUUGGCGGCCGACACUCACGGUAUCAGCAUGCCGCAUAACGACCCACUCCUAAUCGAUAUCGGAAUUGGCGAAUGCCAGGUCAUGAAGGUUCUCGGCGACACAGGCAGCUCAGUCGACCUUAUCUUUUGGGACACGCUCGAAAAGAUGGGAGUCGACCUGCGAGACAUGAAGCCCUGCUCACGCACUCUCACGGGAUUCAAUGGCUUCUCGGAACAGAUGAUUGGGACAAUUCGUCUCCCAGUUUACGCAGGUGAUGUGACCCGCACUGUUAAGUUCUCUGUUAUCCGGGCUAGGGCGCCCUACAACGCAAUCCUUGGAACGCCUUGGUUACACUCCAUGAAAGCCAUUCCCUCCACAUAUCACCAAUGCGUUAAGUUCCAUGGGAAUGAUGGAACGACGCAGAUGAUUCGUGGGGACCAACGGGCCGCGAGAGAGCUACUUAUCGCCGCGGUCAAGCUACAACAAUCGCCUUCUCUCGUCACCGCAGUCACCAAACCAAUACAUAAGAUCUCCCCUCAGAAGGAAGAAAUCCACGAGGUUCCCAUCGAUGGAGCUGACCCAUCGAAGGUCGUGCGCUUUGGCGCUUAUCUCUCCGACGAUCUGCAGACAUUAAUCAUUUCUUUCCGCAAAGAGAAUGCCUCAACCUUUGCAUGGGUAACUUCUGAUAUGAAGGGUAUAGACCCCACAAUAACAUCUCACGAAUUAAACGUCGAUCCGACGUUCAAGCCUAUUCGACAGAAGAGGCAGAAGCUCGGAUCCGAACGGUCCAAAGCAGUAAAUGAGGAAAUUGACAGGUUACUUGACGCAGGUUUCAUCGCCGAAGUACGAUACCCGGAGUGGCUAGUAAACCCCGUCGUCGUUAAAAAGAAAAACGGGAAAUGGCGCAUUUGUGUUGACUUCACGGAUUUGAACAAAGCAUGUCCAAAAGACAGUUACACUCUCCCGCAUAUCGACCGUUUGGUGGAGUCAACUGCCGGUAACGAGCUCCUAACAUUUAUGGACGCUUUUUCCGGAUACAAUCAAAUCAUGAUGCAUACGGGCGAUCGCGAGAAAAUGGCGUUCAUAACGGACAGAGGGACGUAUUGCUACAAGGUCAUGCCUUUCGGCCUAAAGAACCUAGGAGCGACUUACCAGCGUCUGGUCAAUAGAAUGUUGCCGACAAACUUGGCAACACUAUUGAAGUUUACAUUUAUGAUAUGCUGGUCAAAUCACUUCGCGCCAAGGACCAUCUCAACCAUUUACGAGACUGCUUCAAAACGCUGA